AUGGCCGAGACCACAAUCCCCACCACCUCCCGGGCACUAACAUUCACGACCCCCAGCUCCACCCCACAGGUCAUCACCACCCCCAUCCCCUCCCCGCUCCCACCCACCUCCAUCCUCGUCCGCGUCCAUGCCGCCGCCCUCAACCCCUGCGACACGCAGAUGCUGCACUGGCCGAUGCUGCGCCUCCUGAAGGGCACCGGCCCCAAGGGCCUCGGCCGCGACUACUCGGGCACUAUUGUCGCCGUGGGGAGGGACUGUAAGGGUUGGAAGAUUGGUGAUGAUGUGUUUGGCUUGUUUUUUAAAGUCGGCGGCGAAGGCACAAUCCGUGAAUACCUGGUCGUCGACCCCGCCUCUGACCCUAUCGUCGCAAAGCCAGCCGAAAUCUCGCAUGAGCAGGCGGCGUCAAUCCCGCUCGUGGCGCUCACGGCAUUUACGUGUAUGGAGUGGCUGCCGCCGCCGCAUGUGGACGGGACGCCCCGGGAGGUGGUGGUCGUAGGUGCCAGUGGCGGGACGGGCGUGUGGAUCACGCAGCUGGCCAAAAAGCGCCACAACUGCACCGUCACCGCAAUCUGCUCAGGCAAGAACGCGGGGUUCGUCAAAUCCCUCGGCGCUGACCGCACAAUCGACUACACCAUCGUCUCCUCGCUCCCCGCGGCACUGAUGACCCACCGCCCCAAGGCCGGCUACGACCUCAUUGUCGACUGCGUCGGCGGCACGACCCUCUUCCCGGCGUACAAGCAGCUGCUGCCGCGCCACGGCGCGUAUGUGACGAUUGUGGGCGAUAAGACGUCGCGUGCGGUUAUGGGUGGGCCGCCGACGUAUUUGGCCCAUCCGGCGAUGGUGUGGAGGCAUCUGUGGGGGUGGCUGUUUGGGCCCAGGUAUGGGUGUGUGAUCUUGAAGGCGAGGAGGGAGUGGUUGGAGGUGGCGAGGGAUAUGGUGGUGAGGGGGGAGGUGAAGGUGGAGGUGCAGGAGGUGGUGGAGGGGGCGUUGGGGGACGGGUGGAAGAGGGGGUUUGAGUUGUUGGAUAGUGCGAGGGUGAGGGGGAAGGUGGUGGUGAAGAUUUAG